UUUAAUAAAAAUUAAUGGAGAAUACUUCAAGCACCGAGAUGCAGAAUAUAGCAGAUGAGCUUAAGAUGAAGAAAGAGCUUAUGAACACUACUGAUAUGGAUGGCAGUUUGUACGGAUACAGAAUAGAUUAUGAAGGCAAUGUCUACAUUCAGAUGAGAUGUGGGAUGAACACUAUAUUUAAGACAAAAUAUUCUAAAUUCAUUAAUCUCACACUUUAUGAUUCCGAAGAGCAAGGGUUUGAUAUAGAACCCCCAAAUGAUAAAUUCCACAAAAGAAGACAUAAGAAGCAAGAUAGGUUCUCCAAUCUUCCGAACAUUACUGAGCUCAGAAUUACAGCUGAACGUAGCUCUUUUGAUUUUAAGUACUCUGAUCUUGGCCUUGGAGUGUCAAAGAUGGUCUCUAAAAUUACAAAAGAAUUGACAUUUCACUACAUAGAGUUUUCUUCUAAGAGUCUUAGCCUGCUCUUCACCAGCAUUGUUAGUUUAAAGAAUCUCAAUCUUGUAAAGUGUACUCUUGGUAUUGAGAAAUUAAGGUUGCCAAAUGAACGUAAGAUCGGCUUGAAUUCAAUGACAAUCUCACAAUGCUUCUUUGCUCAAGAAGAAGGUGAUAUGACAAUGGAGGAUCUUGAGACUUUGCUAAAGUUCUUAGCUAAACCUCAAUUUGGAAAAUUAAGACAUCUUAAUCUACAUGGUCAUCACUUUGGUUUCUUUGAACUCAAACAAGCGGUUAUUAAAAAUCUUGGCUUAACAAGCAGGCUCAAGGUCGAUAGCCAGAAGGUAAAAGUACAGUCGAAUCAUAAAUACGGAUGUGUUAUAUUUUAAUUGGAGAAGAUUAUCAUUCAA